AUGUCCACCACCGAUUCCAAAAACAAUAGAGAUUUAAUCAAGGGGGUUCUUGACUUGGACCCUUGGUUAGAGCCAUUUUCAAAAGAGUUGAUUGACAGACAGGUGAGCUUCCGUGACUGGCUCUCCAAGCUUGAUUUAAGCGAGGGGUCGUUAUUGCAUUUUGCUGAUGCAUACAAGACGUAUGGAUUGCAUGCAAGAGCAAAUGGUGACGGGUACAAGAUUGUUGAGUACAUUCCCAAUGUUGAGCAAGUUAGUUUAGUUGGCGAUUUCAACAACUGGAAUGUCGAAUCACAUCAAUUGAAACAAGUGAAUAAUUUUGGUCGUUGGGAAUUGGAAAUAAAAGGCGAUGGUACGAUUCCCCAUGAUUCAAGAUACAAGAUUGCCAUGAAGUUGCCGGAUGGCGAGUGGAUUUAUCGAUUAGAUCCUUGGUGCCAAAGAGCAACUUUCAACAAGGAUGAUAAUUUGUACGAGGGAAGGUUUUGGAACCCGCCAGCUUCGGAGGUGUACCAUUUCAAAAACAAAAGACCAGUGUUAUCACAAGGUAUCAAAGUUUAUGAAGCCCACGUGGGAAUUUCUACUCCUGAGCCCAAGAUUGGAAGUUAUAAGAGCUUUACCAAGAACAUUUUGCCCAAGAUUCAUGAGUUGGGAUACAACACCAUCCAAUUGAUGGCGAUUAUGGAACAUGCAUAUUACGCAUCGUUUGGGUAUCAAAUCACCAGUUUCUUUGCCGCUAGUUCAAGGUAUGGAACUCCAGAAGAAUUGAAAGAGUUGAUUGAUGCUGCGCAUGGCUAUGGAAUUAGAGUCUUGUUGGAUGUUGUGCAUUCACAUAGUUCCAAAAAUGUUGCUGAUGGGUUGAAUAUGUUUAAUGGGACCGAUCAUUACUUGUUUCACGGUGGAGGUAAGGGGAACCAUGACUUGUGGGACUCACGUUUGUUCAACUAUUCAAACUAUGAAACGUUGAGGUUUUUGUUAUCCAAUUUGAAGUUUUAUCUCGAUGUUUAUCAAUUUGACGGUUUCAGAUUUGACGGGGUGACUAGUAUGUUGUACAAACAUCAUGGAUUGAGCUUUGGUUUCAGUGGAGACUACAAUGAGUACUUUAAUGAAGAGUGGGCAGAUAAUGAAGCCAUUGCAUACUUGAUGUUGGCUCACCAGUUGAUGAAGGAUGUAAGUAAAAGGGAACACAUUGAAAUUACGUCAAUAGCAGAGGAUGUCUCGGGUAUGCCUACAUUAUGUCGUCCGAUUGACGAAGGUGGUAUUGGAUUUGACUAUAGACUAUCCAUGGCUAUACCCGACAUGUGGAUCAAGAUUUUGAAGCAUCAAAAGGAUGAAGACUGGGAUCUUGGCAAUAUUGUCCAUACAUUAACCAAUCGUCGUCACGCAGAAAAAUGCAUCAGUUAUUGUGAAUCGCACGAUCAAGCUUUGGUUGGAGACAAGACGUUGGCUUUUUGGUUGAUGGAUAAGGAGAUGUACACCAAUAUGUCGAAACUUACUGAAUUGACACCAGUUAUUGAUCGAGGAUUAGCUUUACAUAAAAUGAUCCGUUUGGUGACCUUUGCGCUUGGUGGAGAAGGGUAUUUAACAUUUGAAGGAAACGAAUUUGGUCAUCCUGAGUGGUUAGACUUUCCUCGUGCCGGUAAUGGGGAAUCGUACCAUUACGCCAGAAGACAAUUCAAUUUGAUUGAUGAUGACUUGUUACGGUACAGAUUUCUUUUUGAUUUUGAUGCGGCAAUGCAGCAUUUGGAUGUGUUGGAUUCACCACAAGCUUAUGUAUCGUUGAAACACGAGCAAGAUAAGGUGUUGGUGUUUGAGAGGAAUGGGUUGUUGUUUGUAUUCAAUUUCAAUCCAACACAAUCUUUCACUGAUUACAAAGUCGGUGUUGAGGCUGCUGGAAAGUACGAAAUCAUUUUGAAUUCAGAUGACGCCAAGUUUGGUGGGCAUGACAGAAUCAAAGAUCCCGUGCCUGGUAAGAAGCAAGAAUUUUUUACAGAGAACGACCCUUGGAAUAAUCGAUCAAACUCAUUGAUGGUGUAUAUUCCAAGCAGAACCGCCAUCGUUUUGAAAAAGGUGGAUUAA